CAACAGCAAGAAAGACCACCCCCACAACAUCUCUGUUAUGUGCCUAAGAAGAUUUUCCAGAUUAUUGUGCUUCGUGAGCCAGGCUUUGACAUCAUCAAUAGUCUUCCGAAUGAGAGGUAACCCUGGAUUAAUUUACACUAAAUACCCACUGGUUUCCACGUUACGAAACAAUGUUUCCAUGUAACCCAAUGUUUUUUCCACGUAAUGUAAUAUCAAAACAUUUCCAUUUGACGAUCUUUCAACCUGGGAAUUGUUGUAUUUAUAGUAGUGAAGUCAUAAAAUAGAGAAGAGAAAUGCAUAUAGAGGGUCACACGGACAGAAAAGGCUCUAGCGAGAUUUGAACCCCCUCCAAAGGGGGGAUGUGUGAGCGUAAGUGAUUAGCGCUGCCACUAGAUCAGACUUCGGCACAAUUAUUUCUAAUAGGUUUCAGGAUGCCUGUUGUUUUAGUAUUGAUGGCCUCAUUGGAGAGGGAAAGCUGUCCAAAUUAAUGACAUUUUUGGGGACCAAUUUUGGCUUGUGAAUGCUACUUUCAAAAUUACUUAUAGAAAACCUUUGGGGAACAUGUCCCCCGUCCCCCUGUCCCCGUCCCCCCGUCCCCAGUGAAAGUUGCGCCCCUGUUUUUUGUCACCCAACUUUUAACCUAAAUCCAAUUACAUGGUGAAAUGUUUUGUUGAUUUCAUGUUGAAUUCACGUUAGUUGACCACUCAACCAAUGUAAAUCCAAACUAAACGUUGAACUGAGAUCUGUGCCCAGUCGGAUCUCACUGUCACGCACUGACCUAAAGAACUCUAGUUAGUUUGGUCAGGGUGUGAUAUCAUGUGUGUUGAUUCUAUGUUUGUAUUUCUAUGUUUGGCUGGGUGUGGUUCCCAAUCAGAGGCAGCUGUCGCUUGUUGUCUCUGAUUGGGGAUCAUACUUAGGCAGCCAGUUUUCCUGCCUGUGUUGUGGGAUCUUGUUUUGUGCUCGGUGAGUUUGGCUUGUGUGUAUAGCCUUCCGACGUUACGUUUCGUUUAUUGUGUGUUUAUUAAGUUUAAAUAAACAUGUAUGCAUAUCACGCUGCGCCUUGGUCCGUCCCGUCUAUGAACGAACGUGACAGAAGAUCCCACCACCAAUGGACCAAGCAGCGUGCCCUGGAGGAGCAGAGAGUAUGGACUUGGAGGGAAAUAAGAGAGGAUCUGGCCAAGCAGAUGGAGGCCCUGAAAGGGAUCAGGGUGCAGAAGGAGAGACAGCCCCAAGAAAAAAAAGGACGGAGACAGUCGUAGACCUCCAGCGCCGGUUCCCAGUCCGGUACGCCCCGUACCUGCUCCCCGCACCAAGCCAGUGGUGCGUGUUCCCAGUCCGGCCCGGCCCGUUCCUGCUCCUCGCACCAGACCAGUGGUGCGUGUUCCCAGUCCGGUCCGGCCCGUGCCUGCUCCUCGCACCAAACCAGUGGUGCGUGUCGCCAGCCCGGUACGCCCCGUACCUGCUCCCCGCACCUAGCCAGUGGUGCGUGUUCCCAGUCCAGUCCGGCCCGUUCCUGCUCCUCGCACCAGACCAGUGGUGCGUGUUCCCAGUCCGGUCCGGCCCGUGCCUGCUCCUCGCACCAGACCUGUGGUGCGUGUUUCCAGUCCGGCACGGCCCGUGCCCGUUCCACCGGUGCCUGGUCCAGCACCGGUCAACGGUUCCACUCCGGAGCCAGAGCAGUCCGCUCCACCGGUGCCCAGUCCAGCUCCGAUCAACGGUUCCACUCCGGAGCCAGAGCAGUCCGCUCCACCGGUGCCCAGUCCAGCUCCGAUCAACGGUUCCACUCCGGAGCCAGAGCAGUCCGCUCCACUGGUGCCUGAUUCAGCUCCAGUCGUUUGCUCCACUCUUUAGCCGGAUCCGGUGCAGCUCCGGUCAGCGGCUCAACUCCGGGUCCAGACGUUAGCCCCUCUCUAGGUUCGGAGUCUCCCACACCAGGGUCCAGACAGGGAUCGUGCAUCGUGGGAGGACUGAGAGGGGAAGCUCCGCGUUGAGGUCCAGACCGGUCCAGGGGUGCAACGCGGAGUCAGUAAGGGAGGAGACGGCAAGCCCGGAGCCAGAGCCGCCAUCGAGGCUGGAAGCCCACCCGGACCCUCCCCUGUUAAGUCAGGUUUGUGCGGCCGGAGUCCGCACCUUUGGGGGGGGGGGGGGGGGUACUGUCAUGCCCUGACCUAUAGAACUCUAGUUAGUUUGGUCAGGGUGUGAAUAUCAUGUGUGUUGAUUCUAUGUUUGUAUUUCUAUUAACCUGUGGAUAUUUAAUCUCUCUAUUGCUCACCCCUGCAGUCCCAGCACAACAUGGUACAUUCCCUGGUUGUGAUUCUAAUAAAUUCAUCGAAUUGAAAUCUUCCUUUAGGGCGACAACUGUGCUCCAAGCUGCAAUUUGGCAGAUGUAAUGCACCACAGGCAAAGUAGAGCUGACUUUACACUAGUUAAACAUAGGGGGUGGCAUUGUCUUCACCUUUCCACAGUGUGUCUCCCCUUCACAGUGUUAGUGGCUCUGUCAGGGACAGCAAACAGUGGCUGCUGAGCGCAUCGAUGCCACAGAUUGUCUAAUUAGAUUAAGCAAGAGGCUUUCCUGAGAUAAUCAUUGAGCGAGCCUUUUUCCUCGAAUGAAGCCUGUGUCGGUAGAGAGUCUGCGCGCUGAAGGUCAAACCAUAAUUUUCAAAGUAAUAUCUGCCAUUUGAACAUAACCCAGAGAAGGUUAACUAUCUGGAUACCCUCGAGAAGUGCCGGUAGAGCCUCCUUUGGGGAUAAUGGGGGUGUUUCUGGAGUUCUGCCUUCCCUAACCGGACUGGUAGUAUUACCAGCAUAUACCUCCUGUUGCUAUGAGGAUAAGAAAAGGGGGAUUUCUAGUAAGUACAAACUCAAUCAAUUGGUUAACACAGAAACAAUGUCUAAAAUCAAUAGUUAGUGUCAAUAUGAAAUGUACAGAAAUGUGUGUCAUGUCCCUUUAAUAAUGCUUCAGUUGGUUCUGCUGGUAUCUGCUACCAUUGUAGGGUAUUGUCCAGGGUCACUGGUUAGCCGUGCUUGAUGGGGUUAUACUUCUUAUUGCUCCAUGUGGGUAGAAUUAAGAGUCAUAUAUUGCAAAGAUAUUUACCUGCUCAUACGGUCUGGUGUUUGAGUUGAGGCCUGAUAAUCUUGUCUCCCUCCAUCACAGACACUGUCUGUUCAGCCCUAAUUAGACAGAUCGAUGUCUUCAGGCUUCACAAUUUUCACUGUGUUUGUAAUUAGUUGCACCUUGUGUUAUUAUUAGCCCUACUAGGUCUAGAUAUGUCAGUAAGGAUGAGCAUACAGGUCUUCAACAUCUAUUUGUCCUUUGACCAUGGAAUGAGUUCCAUUUUUUUCCACAGUUUCUCUCCUAAUUUCAUGGGAUUUUUCAAGUCAAGUACACUUUGCCUAAAGCUAAUCAUUCUAGGGCCAACAUUUUUUAAUGUACAGUGCCUUUGGAAAGUAUUCAGACCCCUUGACUUCGUCCACGUUUUGUUACGUUACUGCCUUAUUCUAAAAUGGAUUAAAUAAAAACAUCUACUCACAAUACCCCAAAAUGACAAAGUGAAAACAGGUUCUUAGAAACUAUUGCUCAUAAAAAAUAUGGAAAGAAAUUACUUAUUUACAUAAGUAUUCAGACCCUUUCCCAUGAGACUUGAAAUUGAGCUCAGGUGCAUCCUGUUUCCAUUGAUCAUCCUUGAGAUGUUUCUACAACUUGACUGGAAUCCACCUGUGGUAAAUUCAAUUGAUUGGACAUGAUUUGGAAAGGCACACACUUGUCUAUAUAAGGUCCCACAGUUGACAGUACAUGUCAGAGCAAAAACCAAGUCAUGAGGUCGAAGGAAUUGUCCGUAGAGCUCCGAGACAGGAUUGUGUCGGCACAGAUCUGGGCAAGGGUACCAAAUAAUCUCUGCAGCAUUGAAGGUCCCCAAGAACACAGUGGCCUCCAUCCUACUUAAAUGGAAGAAGUUUGGAACCACCAAGACUCUUCCUAGAGCUGGCCGCCCGGCCAAACUGAGCAAUCGGGGAGAAGGUCCUUGGACAGGGAGGUUACCAAGAACCCGAUGGUCACUCUGACAGUGCUCCAGUUCCUCUGUGGAGAUGGGAGAACUUUCCAGAAGGACAACCAUCUCUGCAGUACUCCACCAAUCAGGCCUUUAUGGUAGAGUGGCCAGACGGAAGCCACUCCUCAGUAAAAGGCACAUGACAGCUCGCUUGGAGUUUGCCAAAAGGCACCUAAAGACUCUCAGACCAUGAGAAACAAGAUUGGCCUGAAUGCCAAGCGUCAUGUCUGGAGGAAACCUGGCACCACCCCUACAGUGAAGCAUGGUGGUGGCAGCAUUAUGCUGUGGGGAUGUUUUUCAGCGGCAGGGACUGGGAGACUAGCCAGGAUUGAGGGAAAGAUGAACGGAGCAAAGUACAGAGAGAUUCUUGAUGAAAACCUGCUCCAGUGCGCUCAGCAUCUCAGACUGGGACGAAGGUUCACCUUCCAACAGGACAACGACCCUAAGCACACAGCUAAGACAAUGCAGGAGUGGCUUCGGGACAAGUCUCUGAAUGUCCUUGAGUGGCCCAGCCAGAGCCCGGACUUGAAUCCAAUCUAACAUUUCUGGAGAGACCUGAAAAUAGCUGUGCAGCAAUGCUCCCCAUCCAACCUGACAGAGCUUGAGAGGAUCUGCAGAGAAGAAUGGGAGAAACUCCCCAAAUACAGGUGUGCCAAGCUUUUAGCUUCAUACCAAAGAAGACUCGAGGCUGUAAUCGCUGCCAAAGGUGAUUCAACAAAGUAUUGAGUAAAGGGUCUGAAUACUUAUAUAAAUGUGAUAUUUCAGUUUUUUAUUUUUAAUAAAUUAGCAAAAAUGUAUAAACUGUUUUUGCUUUGUUAUUAUGGGAUAUUGUGUGUAGAUUGAUGAGGGGGAAAAAAACAAUUUAAUCAAUUUUAGAAUAAGGCUGUAACCUAACUAAAUGUGGAAAAAGUCAAGGAGUCUGAGUACUUUCCGAAGGCACUGUAACUGAACUUAUUUUAGUCUUUCAUGUCUUAAAUGGACUUGGCACAUAUUCCCUUCCCGGGGCCUCGUGUUAAAGCCGGCUGUCACUUUGUGUACUGGCCAGUGGGUCUGAGUUUCAGAUGGGCUCGCCCCUAACAGAACUCUCACUUCAAGUUGAUUGAGUCAAAAAUGAUUAAUUGAUUGACUGAGAUGGGAUGUCUAGAGCUAUAACAGAGACAAUAAUAAUGUCCUCAUCAUUUCAGGAGAAUGAUAACUCUGGUGACUCGAUUGUAUUGCAGUUUACAGCAUUGACCUGGAAUACAAAGAUACAUUGGGUAACAAUGAAACAGUCUGAAAACAAUUGUCAUGUCUUUGUUGAAUUAUGGGUGAAUUCUUCCUCAAAUAGCUUUUGCACACCGAGGCUGUGCAGAAGCUUGGCAUAAACGUUGCCAAAGAUCUCCAAAUAUUUACUUUACCAGACUUGCGUUUCAUAAGGCAGAUGUUCGCUAUUCCAUCUGUUGCAGUUAGCAUUGUGUUUGCUACCCAAUUUAUUGAUUAGUACCAGAUAGCAGUUUGGUUAACAAUUUAGAAAGUAAACCUAAUUAGAAUUAUUCCUCAUUGAAAAGCAUUGAAGAGAAUUCGAAUUUCAGUGUACUUCCUGAAUUGACUGGAAUUGAAAAUGGAAUCAACCCUGGCAGAUAGUUAUACAAUAUCAACAGGAGUAUCAGCGUACCUAAUUGAUGUGAGGUUCAAUGUUAUUCUUCAUUGGGGUGGCAAAAGAACAGCAUUUUGGCUAUAUGCAGUAUCCAGUUUGUCAAAAUGAAAGACCUUUGGCAAAAAAGGGAAAACCUUUUACUCAAUGUUUUUUCUCUUUUUCAGAUGUAGUCUUGUGAGGACUUCAGCCAACACCAACAGCCAAGAUGAGAGAGUGGGCUUACAGGAAUCAAAUGAAAAUGGCUUUCUUCUUAUCCAAGUCACACUCUAUGGAGUCAAGCAAUGUACAUCCCUGAGAAAUAACAGCAGUUUAUGGAAAAUACCGGAUUUUGCCUCUGAAGAUUUGACUUGCCUUUUUUGGGAAAGCCUCUCUCCACCACCUUUGAGCUAUAGAGGAGACAUGGCCAGCAACUCGUUCCGUGGGUCGAAGCGUGGUAGACAUGCACAUUCUAACCAUGAUGUUGGAGAUUUCAACUGCUCGCUCAAGGAGCUGCGCUCCCUCAUGGAACUCAGGGGACCUGAGGGAAUAACUAGAAUCCAAGAAUGUUACGGAGAUGUCCAAGGACUCUGUACCAGACUGAGAACAUCACCUAUUGAUGGUAAAUAUGCUGCUGACCAUCUUGCUUUGUGUCUUUUUGUUCUGUUUUCAGGUCUGGUGCCUGAUACACCAAUACUCCUAUUGCUCAUCAAGGCUUAACUCCAAUGCAGUGAAUUGUAAUUUAAUUGACAAAAAACCCUAAUUUUAGUAAUGGACGCAUUUAAUUAAUGAGUUGAAUUCUAAUUAAUAUGGUGGCUGAAAUGAAAAUGACUUCAACCCGACCCACAAUAACAAGUUCAUGGAUACAUUUUGAAUACAAUAACGAUUCCAUACAGCAUGUACAACUGCAAAGCAGAAUGAUUCUAAAUACUGCAUUGAUUCCAUUGGAGUUGUCAUGAGUUACACCUGCCACACCAAUCUGAAAAGAUGUAUGCCUUUUAGCACAAUGUCUUGUUGAGUUUAUUGUAUUGAGGGGAACUGGUGUGGGCUAGGAUGUGGGCUUUGAGUGGAAGGCACUCUGCAGGGCCCGGCUGUCACUUUUCGACACUUGGGGAUAACUCACACUUUUCACACAGUUUGGACUGCUUCAGGGGACAGAUGUCAAAGUGUGUUCAUGUGGUUUGGAUAUGUAAGAUUCAUUGACAGACUGGACUUGUCUUGUGUAGGUCUCAAGGAAAGGAAGGAAAGACUUCGAAAUUGAGAAUUAACUGAUAAACUAUUAUGAACAGUGUAGCCUGCAUAAUAUUAAUACAUUCACUUGUAAACAUUUAUAAGCAUUUAAAAGCAUUACAACUAAUACAAAAAUAUACAGUAUAAUUCAUAAAGCAUUUAAAUAUGCAUUGAUACACAUUUACUAGCAAUAUAUAUUGUCUUAUUCAUGGACCUUUUUUCCAGCUGUAGGCUGUUGGGAAAGAAUAAUAAUGUAGGAACAGAAACCAGCGUCAAAUCCAUAUGUGGAUGGAUUGAUGUGAUGUUAAAUAUUGUUUGGCUGACACAUUCACCAUAAAACGUUUCCCAGUUUGAUACUGCUAGGCUUGUGCUGAUGCCCUACUCUGCUCCAAUCUACACACAGAACACAGACGCCAAAUUGUGACAUACCUUAGGCUACUACUUCUCUAUUGUGCUUCUGCGUAAACAAUUUGAUGACAUUUGUUGAACUCUUAGGGAAUUAUAUUUAGAAUGUGAUUCUGGAUUACAGAACAAAUUUCCAAUGCUCCCUCACACAUCCCUGCUAAAGUAUAUAUAUAUAUAUAUAUAUAUAUAUAUAUAUAUAUAUAUAUAUAUAUAUACACUACAUACAUACAUACAUACAUGCAUAUAUAUACAUAUAUAUACAUAUAUAUAUACACACACACACACACACACACAUAUACAGUGAGGGGAAAAAAGUAUUUGAUCCCCUGCUGAUUUUGUAAGUUUUCCCACUGACAAAGACAUGAUCAGUCUAUAAUUUUAAUGGUAGGUCUAUUUGAACAGUGAGAGACAGAAUAACAACAAAAUAAUCCAGAAAAACACAUGUCAAAAAUUUUAUGAAUUUAUUUGCAUUUUAAUGAGGGAAAUAAGUAUUUGACCCCUCUGCAAAACAUGACUUAAUACUUGACUUAAUACAAAACCCUUGUUGGCAAUCACAGAGGUCAGACGUUUCUUGUAGUUGGCCACCAGGUUUGCACACAUCUCAGGAGGGAUUUUGUUCAACUCCUCUUUGCAGAUCUUCUCCAAGUCAUUAAGGUUUCGAGGCUGACGUUUGGCAACUCGAACCUUCAGCUCCCUCCACAUAUUUUCUAUGGGAUUAAGGUCUGGAGACUGGCUAGGCCACUCCAGGACCUUAAUGUGCUUCUUCUUGAGCCACUCCUUUGUUGCCUAGGCCGUGUGUUUUGGGUCAUUGUCAUGCUGGAAUACCCAUCCACGACCCAUUUUCAGUGCCCUGGCUGAGGGAAGGAGGUUCUCACCCAAGAUUUGACGGUAUAUGGCCCUGUCCAUCGUCCCUUUGAUGCAGUGAAGUUGUCCUGUCCCCUUAGCAGAAAAACACCCCCAAAGCGUAAUGUUUCCACCUCCAUGUUUGACGGUGGGGAUAGUGUUCUUGGGGUCAUAGGCAGCAUUCCUCCUCCUCCAAACACGGCGAGUUGAGUUGAUGCCAAAGAGCUCCAUUUUGGUCUCAUCUGACCACAACACUUUCACCCAGUUCUCCUCUGAAUCAUUCAGAUGUUCAUUGGCAAACUUCAGACGACCCUGUAUAUGUGCUUUCUUGAGCAGGGGGACCUUGCGGGCGCUGCAGGAUUUCAGUCCUUCACGGCGUAGUGUGUUACCAAUUGUUUUCUUGGUGACUAUAGUCCCAGCUGCCUUGAGAUCAUUGACAAGAUCCUCCCGUGUAGUUCUGGGCUGAUUCCUCACCGUUCUCAUGAUCAUUGCAACUCCACGAGGUGAGAUCUUGCAUGGAGCCCCAGGCCGAGGGAGAUUGAUAGCACUUUUGUGUUUCUUCCAUUUGCGAAUAAUCGAACCAACUGUUGUCACCUUCUCACCAAGCUGCUUGGCGAUGGUCUUGUAGCCCAUUCCAGCCUUGUGUAGGUCUACAAUCUUGUCCCUGACAUCCUUGGAGAGCUCUUUGGUCUUGGCCAUGGUGGAGAGUUUGGAAUCUGAUUAAUUGAUUGCUUCUGUGGACAGGUGUCUUUUAUACAGGUAACAAACUGAGAUUAGGAGCACUCCCUUUAAGAUUGUUCUCCUAAUCUCAGCUCGUUACCUGUAUAAAAGACACCUGGGAGCCAGAAAUCUUUCUGAUUGAGAGGGGUUGAAAUACUUAUUUCCCUCAUUAAAAUGCAAAUCAAUUUAUAACAUUUUUGACAUGCGUUUUUCUGGAUUUUUUUGUUGUUAUUCUGUCUCUCACUGUUCAAAUUAACCUACCAUUAAAAUUAUAAACUGAUCAUUUCUUUGUCAGUGGGCAAACGUACAAAAUCAGCAGGGGAUCAAAUACUUUUUUCCCUCACUGUACAUAUGUUAUGAUAUAGUUCCAAAUUCAUGUGAUAAACAUCAAUUUUGAAAAUGACAAAUGAGAGUAAAAGUUGUUACUAUCAUCAUACUUUUAAUAUAUUUUUCUCCACAAUUCCGAUCUUGUCUCAUCGCUACAACUCCCCAACAGGCUCGGGAGGCGAAGGUCUAGUCAUGCGUUCUCCAAAACAUGACCCACCUAACCUCGCUUCAUGACACCCGCCAGUUUAACCUGGAAGCCAGCCGCACCAAUGUGUCAGAGGAAACACUGUUCGACUGGCGACCGAGGUCAUCCUGCAGGCGCCCAGCCCACCACAAGGAGUCGCUAGAGCGGGAUAAGCCAAGCCAAGUAAAGCCCCCCUGGCCAAACCCGGACAACGCUGGGCCAAUUGUGCACCACCCUAUGGGACUCCCGAUCAUGGCCGGUUGUGAUACAGUUCGGGAUCGAACUGUAGUAACGGUUCUAGCCCUUAGCCCUGACCGGGAGGGAGGCGUGCUCAGGACUAGGUUUACAUCCCUCCUGGAGAGGGCGUCCGCAUUGCCGUGCUGGGCCCCCGACCUGGGGAUGACAGAGAAAGAUAAUUGCUGUAAUGACAGGAACCAGCAGGUGACACGGUCAUUCGUGUCCUUACCUCUUGCCAUCCACACAAGGGGGGCAUGGUCAGUAAUCAGUGUGAACUUCCUCCUGAGGAGGUAAUACUUCAGGGUGUCCAGCGCCCACUUCACAGUGAGGCACUCCUUCUCGACAAUCGAGUACCUAUUCUCCCUCUGGAGGAGCUUCCCGCUGACAUACAUGAUGGGGUGCUCCUCGCCUUCCUGCUCUUGGGACAAGACGGUCCCAACCCCUGUGUCAGACGAGCCUGUCUGGACCAGGAGGUUUUUAGAGAAGUCUGAGGUGAUGAGUACCGGGUGCGACCAUAGCGCGUCCUUCAGGGCCUGGAACGCCGCCUCUGUGUCCUCCGUUCAUUGUACCGUCUGGGAUAGGCAUGCCUUCGUUAUGUCUGUGAGAGGAGAAGCUAUUGCGGCAAAGUUAGGCCAUUCUGCCUCUUGGUUCGGGGGACCGGCCAUUCCAUAAUGGCGUAAAAAAAAAAAUCUUGACCCUUCACAUUUCCCCGCCCGAUUCGAUAGCGCAGGUACUCCACCUCAGCGUAGCCCAGUUUGCAAUUGUGGGGGUUCGCGGUCAGCCCCGCAUCCCUUAGCGCAUUCACCACCGCCUGUAACCUACAGAGAUGGGACUCCCAACUGUCGCUAUGCACGAUUAAAUCAUCCAAAUAAGCAGCAGCGUACUCACGGUGCGGGCGCAGGAUGCGGUCCAUGAGUCGCUGGAUGGUCGCUGGGGCCCCGUGGAGUCCGAAAGGAAGAACCCGGUAGUGGUAAAGCCCCCCCCCCCCGGGAUGGAGAAGGCAGUCUUUUCCCGGGAGGGCGCUGCCAGCGGCACCUGCCAGUACCCAUUCGUCAGGUCCAGGGUGCUGACGUAUCUUGCCUUCCCCAAGCGGUCGAUCAGUUUGUUCACCCAGGGCAUGGGGUAGGCGCUGAAUUUACUGACCUCGUUCAGGCCCCAGAAGUCGUUGAAAGCAUACGGUUCCGUGCCGUUUCGGUACCAGCACUAUAGGGCUAGACCACUUACUGUGGGACUCCUCCAGUACCCCCAUCUCUAGCAUUGUCGUCAUUCCCGCUGGACCGCCGUCCUCCCGCUUCACGGCUUUGGCUGGUUCCGUCCGAGCCCCCUUCAGCCCCUCGCCUCUCUCUGUGCUUUUCUUCCCCCUCCCCGCGUCCGCUCUCUCUUCGCCUUGGCUCCUUUCAGCAAUCCUGGGUGUUCUGGUAGGUUUCUACCGCGGUCAGCAAUUCCUCCAAGCUCUGGGGGUUCUGCAGGCUCGCCGCCUUUUUCAUCUCGAAGGGGAGGGCCCAAAGGUACCGAUCCAGGACGACCUUAUCGAUUAUCGGGAGGGACAGUACGUCGGUCAGUAGCCAGCCCUUGGUAAGGUGCACCAGGUCGCUCAUCUGAGCGCGGGGAGAGAUGGUGGAGUCAAAGGCCCAGUCGUGGACCAGUUGUGCACAGCGUGCAAGGCUGAAUCCAUAACGGCUCAGGAUCUCGCGUUUGAGUCCCUCAUAAUUCGCUGCCUGAUCAGCGUUCAAGUCGAAGUAGAGGUAGAGUGCCAAAAGACUGGCCCACUUGGGCUUGGGCCAUCCUUCCCUCUGCGCCGUCCUCUCGAAGGUGCACAAAUACGUCUCCACGUCAUCUUCCUCCAUUAGCUUGACCAGGAACUGAUUCGGGCUAGACUCCUGAGCCAUCCCACCCUUCAACUGGGCUACCUCCGCUACCAGUCUGAGGUUUUGUUGGCGCUGCUCCUCCAGCGCUUGCUCCUGGAGAGCCUGUUGCUUCUGCUGGCUGAGGAUAAACUGAUCCACCAGUUCCUCCAUGGUAAUCUCCGUAUGCUCGACCCCACGGCACCCAAAGCUACAAUAAAGAUGUUAUGAAAUAUUAUUUUCUCAAUUACAUGUAUUGCUAAAAUAAAGGUGAAGGAAAUACAGUCAAAACAGCUCGCUCAAUCAAGCAUGAUGGUCUUGUAAGUAUAAAAGCUAAGCUUGCUUUCAUAUAAUUAAAAAAAGUUUGAAAAGGUAGUGGAAUGGGAUUAGUGUAGUGUGGAAGAAUCCAAUACUUGUAUGCGAUACAAAUCACAUUAUUGUGGGAUCACCUCUUCUAAGAGUAUGAAUUAGGCUGUUUGAGAAGGUUUGAAUCCUAAGCAACCUGCAUACACAUUGUUUGAAGUACAAUAGACCGACAUAGCUACUGUAGGAGGUCAAAGCUGUGUGCUGGAAAACCUUGGUAGAGCAUGGGUGGAGUAGGCAUUGUGGUCCUCCUGAAUUUUCUUUCUUUUUCGGCUUCACAUCAAUGCCUACAUCUCACUUAAAACAUGUUAUUUUUAUUUUAUUUUUUUAUAGCUAUAGGUGAGUGUUCACUGCUGUUGGAGCCAAAGUUCCAUGAGGACAGGGCUUUCCAUGCAGUGUCAGAUUCUGUCCUUUGACAUUUGCCAGGCAUUAUUUAUUCAUUCACAAUGGCCCUCUCAUGCACACUCAAUAAACAACUUUAGCAUUUUGUCGUCACGCACCAUUUCUGACCCACCUACUGAGACAUGAUUGACAUACAUAGAGCAUUAAAAUGUCACAAGCAGCUUGACAACAUAGGAAAAUCCAUUAGACUGACACAUAAAGAUACACUGCUGCACCACCGCACUAUAAAUCAAUGGCGACAGGUGGGCGCAGAUUGAUUUACCUUGUGUAAUCCCCCUCACCUUAAACGCCCGUGCAUGACAGUUGAUUGCUCGGUUCAGGACUAAUCUCUCAUGCUUGUGUAACAUUUUUAUUCCUCCUUUUUGUUCAUUUUUUUAUGCUGUGGCAGCUCAAAGCCUGUAUGUCUAGCAUUAUUCAGUGAUAGGAUGAAGCAUAACUGCAGGUGCUUUUCCCCUGAGUUGGAAUCUAACCUUUAAGUGUCAGAAGAAGCAAAAUAGCUUAGAGGGAAUAAGCAUAAUAACUCAACUCAACUGAGGUCAGAGAAGGCCUAGGCAGCGCUAGAUGCAGGCUGCCUUGAGUCACACAAGCAGCCAUUUGACCCAUUCUGCAGUGAUAACGAUGGAGUCAUCAACUCUCCAGGGGGAAUUCAAGAUAGGUCAUGUCUCAUGAUAUUAGUUCAAAGUAGGGUGAUAUGGCCUAAAAAUCAUAUCUCCAUUUUUUUUCUAACGUAUGGGCGAUUCACAAUUUAUAUCUAAAAAAUUGUUUUAUCUAAAUACAAUUAAAGCUCAAGACACUGCAUUUCAAACAGUCAGCAAUGAUCUAAUGAAUUCAGGGCUUGUAAAAUGAUACCUAGGCUAAAUAUAAGCCUUCCACAACCAUCAAACCCACUAAUAAUGUAACUAUUUUAUCAAAAUAGUUUAAGCAGCUACUUUGCAAUAAUCACUGAUCUGGCUUUCAGGUUUGUUUAUAAAAAUGCCCUUUUUGUAAAAAAGAAAAUAUCAGAACUAUGCACAAUGCACAUCCCCACUAAUAAUGACCAACUUCUGGUAGCAGGCAUUAUAGAAAGUUAACACAGGUCUCAUAAACAACCUCUCAAGCACAAGCCCACAUUCUAUUGAGUAACCAGAUAAAUCUUUAUAUUUAUAUUUAUAUAAGUCUAGCCAACUUGGAUCUAUUUACUAGCUAACAAGGUAGAACAGUUGACCUGUUAUGAACACACCCUCCUGUCCGUCUCCAACUGUUUGAACAGCAUGCUAGCCUGUCCACUUUGUUUAGAUGUUGAAAUCAAGUGGCCUACCUGUACACAUAAGAAGAUGCUUAUUUCUCAGAAUGAGAAUGAGUUGCUAAUUCUUUAUAUAAAUGUGUAUUUUUAUGCUCAUUGCACAUUUAUACAAUGACUAGACAGCUACCACUUAACAGUCUGUGGCUAAAAUGUUACUAGCAGAAUGUGGUACCACAAUGCCGCACGUGACAGAAACUGAGCAUUAAUUUUCCAGAAACAAUGUUAAUUGAUAGGCUAAUAGGGUCACAUUUCUGGAGUUGAGACAUAAAAAGGCUAUUAUUAGAAAGGUUAAAGGGACAUUUCAAAAUGUUUCAACUUCAUAUUCAUCAUCUCCAGCACCACCCCAACAGCAACAUAUGUGAAAAUGACGCAUUUCUGUUUUGUAGUAAAGAAGAUAGAGGAAGAUCAGAGUUUCCAGUGCAUCAUGUGAUUUUAACCAAUUAUGAGGAGGCAUUGCCUACUAAUUGUCUACUAAUUGGUUGAUGAUGUCAAGGGGGGAGGGGCUUGGUGUAUGAGCGGGAAGGUGCACACAGCACAGAAAUAGAGACAACCUGAGAACAAGCGGACAUGAACUUAUAAAAACGUGUAUUAUUGUAAUUAUUGCGAUACAGGCAUUUGGAAUUCCGCGCUAAAAUCGAAUUAAUUCGAUAUAUUUCCCAGCCCUAGUUCAAAGAGCAGGAAUCUCACUUGACGAUUACAAUUAAAGUUCAUUUCAAUGUGCUAUUCUCCUGGAGCAUCAUUUUUGUGUUUUUUUAAACAAAUUCAAACAAAAUAUUUUUCAUUGUUUUGUGUAGACCAUCUCUCCACACUAGCUGAACUUUCCUGUAUUUGUAUUCAUUCCUCGAUUGAAGUUUAUUUUGCCCACAAGCAGCAAUGCUUAUUAUUUGAACUGCUAAAACUGACAUGGCAUGAUUGAAAAACUCCAGAUGUUCAACAGAGCAAUGUCUUUGUUUCACACACCACAUUGUUGUCUCUGACCAUUACUUUUUAGGUAUACUCAGGGCAGAGUUGUAACUUCUAUGUCAAUAGACAAGACUGUUGUCUCUUGUCCCUUUUACUUGUUAUUGUCAUAGAGCCACUAGACAUCUCUAUUAGAUCUAAUGAGAAUAUAAGAGGAAUAAAUAGAGUUUGUUGUGUGACGUCUUUUGCCUGUCCAUUUGGCUCAGAGAUUAGAUUGGUUUGCUUUCUUUAUCAGCGGUGCAGAGGUAGAAUCACGUAAUGGAAAUGUAGGUCUUUGUCAUAAAACAUUGAAUCAAUGAUUAAAUGUAAAGAAAAGUACAGUCAAUACAAUCUCAGUUCCGGUUGCAUGAUGAAGCACCUUUCAGCGAGAAUACGUGUCCAUCAAAAAGGUUUUGGUGUGGUUUGGUGUGGUUUCGGUGUGACACCUUCUGUCUGCAAAAUAACUUAAAUAAAUCUUACCAAAGAUAUUGGAAUAUUACAGCUCACAGGUGCAUCAUUAAACAGGAUCCCAUACUGACUGUUGGUAUCUGCAUAGUAUCUCCGUCAUCACAUGGACAACGUAAAAAAAAAACGUUUUGAGAUACAAUCUUACUGCAAGUAUUUUGAGUGGUCUUUUUGUGCAUGCCAGUGCUAUUUUACAUACUGCUGAGUCUAGCAUGUUGUUUGAGGGCAGAUGAGGGCUUUGAAUGGCAUUGAUUUGGCUAGCCUCUUCUGAAGACCCUUGUGAUGUAACACUCCAUGGGCCGUUUUCAUGGACCUCCAACCUUUUGUCAGGUUUAGUCAUGAACACAGCCCAUGCAGAGCCACCUCAAAGGUCUAAGGCUUCAGGUUAGAAAGCCUCCAAAAAACAAACAGCUCUAACUGUUCUUGACAGGUUCUGUUUCUGCUGUUCAGUGUGUGAACAUAAUGAAAAGUUCAAACAGAAAGGUCUGCAUUACUUUGCUCUGAAGUGGGAGUUCAACCAGGGGGGAGAGUAAAGCUUUUCUUAUAUUAAUUUUGGCAUGCAUGUACAAAUGAUCACCCCGUUGCAGAACUUUCCUGCAAUGCCGGAGGUUUAAAAAGGCUUCUGAAGUUUGUAAUUUCCCUACAAAAAUGUCCAUUAAUAAUAAUCCACAUGAUAAUUCACCUUUCCUGUUGCUGCAGUAUUAUUUUCCUGCUGUAGCAAACUGGCUCAGAUUAAGAUCCUACAUCUGUAUCUGAUACUGUAUGAAUUCUAGACAAUACAAAUGCCAUACAGUUGUUAAUAAUUCCUUUCCCUCCUUCGUCUCUAGGGUUAGGAGGGCAUGCUGACGACAUCGCCAGAAGGAAAGAGGAGUUUGGACAGAACGUUAUACCUCCAAAAAAGCCAAAAACAUUUCUUCAAUUAGUGUGGGAAGCAUUGCAAGAUGUGACACUAAUCAUCCUAGAAGUGGCAGCCAUCAUUUCAUUAGGCCUUUCCUUUUAUAGACCUCCAGAUGCCGAAAGAGAAAGUAAGUAUCUUCUCUAAUUUGAAAAUGCCUGGUCCUCUAAUGGAUUAAUCACCAGAUGAUUCAUAUUUACUCAAUCAAAUACCAAAAGAUCAGAUUGCUGCUACUUUGCAACUGUAAACUUCAUGCAUGCAGCCAUACAUGCGUCUGGUUUGUGCAGUUGCUGGUAAUUGGUUAUUGGACGGACACUUGGGAAUUCAUUGCAGGCCAAAACAAGCAGCUCUAAUUUCAGAUGGCACUGUGUUGCUGUGUCUUCCCGGGGAUGGUCACAAUUUUGUUUAACAUCAAGUCUCUGACUUUGUUGACCCAAAGAGAUAUAGUUUGGUACAAAGUGUGAGUAUCCUGCCCAUUAUCUAAUCUAAUCAUAAAGGGAUUUACUCUGAUACACUUCAAUCAAUCCAUAAUCCCAUUCCACAAAGGACUUCAGUGGCAGUAGUGGGUAGCCAGUGUACUUCCUGUGAUCCAGACAGUGUACUUCCUGUCAUAUAAUCAUUGUAGGCUACUUUCUGUGGGACCCUUUGGGUAAUGGCCAUGCUACCAAAGACAAAAUUGACAAUGUCAUCAGAAUUAAUGAGCUAUUUGUCCUCAAUUUAGGGUUAGGCCGAGGCUUAAAAACACAAUUCUAGAGGGAAUGCGAAGUACUUCUGUCCUUUGUAGCACGUCCAGAUAGUGACAACUGUCCCUUUCUUUUAGAUUGUGGAAAGGCAGCGGGAGGGGUGGAGGAUGAGGGGGAGGCAGACGCGGGCUGGAUUGAGGGUGCAGCCAUCCUCCUGUCGGUCGUCUGUGUGGUCCUGGUGACAGCGUUCAAUGACUGGAGUAAAGAGAAGCAGUUCCGCGGGCUGCAGAGCCGCAUCGAACAGGAGCAGAAGUUUACAGUGGUCCGCGGAGGCCAAGUCAUCCAGAUCCACGUGGCUGAGAUCGUAGUCGGCGAUGUUGCACAAGUGAAAUAUGGUAUGAUCCUGAAAGAAAAAUGCCCUUCUGUGUUUAUUUGUGUGUGUGUGUGGUGUCCGUGGGCUAGCUUGCAUAUGUGUGUGUGCCUUAAAACCAAAGAGCAUCUUCAAUCCUACUUCUUUCCACUACUCUGACUGAAUCUUGGGUAAAUGAGCUAACUCACCCAGCUGAACAGUCUGAUGUUCAUGUAUGUGUACGUUUUUCCAGGUGACCUUCUUCCUGCUGAUGGUGUGCUGAUCCAGGGAAAUGAUUUGAAAAUCGAUGAAAGCUCUCUAACCGGUGAAUCUGACCAUGUCAAGAAGACGUUGGACAACGAUCCCAUGCUGCUGUCAGGUAAUGAUGAAGAGCCUUCCUCUCUCCAUAUAAUAUGGCUGAUGUCUAGUUACAGAUCCAAUAUGGAUCAAACUGAAUAACGCCAAGUGGUAUCACUCCCCUUUAAAGCUAGAAUCCUUAGAUGCUAAGUAAAUGUUUGCACUUAUAAAUUAAUGAUAUAUACCCAUUGUUGAAAAAAUUACUUAUAAAUGCCUCAUGAGCUUAGUUCAGCUGUCGUACCCCAUCAGAAGCUUGUUUUACUCCAAUGUUUGUCAACAACGUAAAUGUAAACAAACACUGUAUAGCCUCAAAACAUGGUUAGAACUGUACUUUUGAUAUCAUAGAUGGUCAGUCCUUGCAUCCCUUGCUCGGUCUAUGAAUUUGAGAGUGGUUACAUUUAUCCAGGCCCAUCCCUCAGCUUUUUACAGAAACAUGCCUGGUCCUCUAACGGAUUAAUCACCAGAUGAUUCAUAUUUACUCAGUCAAAUACCAAAAGAUCAGAUUGCUGCUACUUUGCAACUGUAAACUUCGUAAAUGUGAACAAACACUGUAUAGCCUCAAAACAUGGUUAGAACUGUACUUUUGAUAUCAUAGAUGAUCAGUCCUUGCAUCCCUUGCUCGGUCUAUGAAUUUGAGAGUGGUUACAUUUAUCCAGGCCCAUCCCUCAGCUUUUUACAGAAACAGAGGUGGGGUGACCGCUUUGUUAUUGUUGUAAUUAAUGAGGGAGUUCUGUUAAUGCCCCGGGCAUGUCCCGGGUGAAGCAGGUUAGCGUUGAUUGCAUUCAUUUUGGAACUGGGUUGCCUCCCAGGCGUAAGCCAGGUGCCCUCGUUCUGGACAACGGUGAAGUUGGCUCAAAACAAAAGUUACAUAGUUUUAAGCAUGUGGAGUAAUGAGUAGGAUUCUGUGUUUUCACAUGCAAACAUGAUUGAUUUUGAUAAACAGGCUUUAUCUGCCUUCUCAAUGAAAAGUAGUUUGAAAAUUCGAACAUAUAUUUUAUGGUUUCUGAACGAUGCAUCAUCCUGUCUUGUUGACAACAGAUUACUGUUCGAUUUGAGAUGGGCGCUCCACCCUCACCACUUUUGCCCAUUCACGCCAUGGGCCAUAGCCCCGUGCACUUAAAGAUGCAGUCGUGAGCACUACUUAUAUAAGUAGUGAAAUUAUACAAAACCUUUGGAGCAUCACUUUAAUCAAACUUCCUCAAGGAUUGUAGCUUUAAGGCUUGACUGCCACUGCACAACACGACCACAUGGGUCUCCCUGUUUGUAGAAUACUACUCUCCCUAAGAGAUGAUAAUGGAUGAAGGCACUUAUUUUUCUCCCUUGAAAUACUGUAGUCGCUGUGGCACUGGCAGGCAUCCCAACAAAAAGUUAAUGAAUGGGGAUGUAGGUGAUGGAAUUACAUUUACAUUUUAGUCAUUUAGCAGACGCUCUUAUCCAGAGUGACCUACAGUUAGUGAGUGCAUACAUUUUAAUUUUUUGUAUAUAUAAUUUUUUUAUAUAUAUUUUUUUUUCAUACUGGCCCCCCGUGGGAAUGGACCAUCUGAUUUUCCAUUGUGGCUUUUCUUUAUUUAAUUUUUAUAAAAAUGAAUUUAUUUCCAAUUCAGCCUCCCUAUGUAACCUCCGUUCCUACUCAAGCAGAGAAUAACAACAUUACUACUCAUGUUUAUCAUGACCCAAGUAGCCGGGCAUAUAUUAUUACUGUGGGAGAGGCUAUAAGGACACAGCUGACUCUUAAACCGACUAGCCAAAACUUAAAACUGGCCCUUACCUUAACCUUAGCCAAACCCUUAUCACUGACCCUAACCCUUACCCUACCUCGUAACCCUAAACUUAACCUAAUUUUAAUAAAUUCUGAAAUUAAAUAUCUGUUUAGGGCGUCAGGCGUGUCCUUAUAGCCUUUUCCUAUUACUGUCAAUCACUCUUCUUAAGAGCUCUUAGGAGUCAACAGCUACUUGAAACAGCAUGAUCUCUCUAUUCCUGCAUAGAUACUGUUAGGCCAUACAAGUUUAUUUACAUAUUUAAUUAAAUAUUUAACAGACGCCCCUCUUCACUUAUCUCAGAAAUGUAAUACAAAUCGGAAAAAUGACCAUCCCAUUUUAGUUGGAGAGAUUCCAUUGUUUAGGUUCCUGCGAUCAUGUCUGUCCAUGUCUGUCCAUGUCUGUCCAUGUCUGUCUUUUUCUUCGUCAGGUACCCACGUCAUGGAAGGUUCUGGGAAGAUACUGAUCACAGCAGUAGGUGUCAACUCCCAGACCGGCAUCAUUUUCACACUGCUUGGAGCCGAAGAAGACGAAGAUGACGAUGAGGACGAAAAGGCAGAGAAGGAAAGAAAAAAGAGGGAGAAAGAGGAGAAGAAGAAAGAGGAGAAGGAGAAGAAGGACAAACUGGACAAGAAAAGUAUGUUGACCUGAACUGUCCUUUCAUAGCCAUCUGUCACUAAACGUGUCAUGCAAACCCUCUCACCUCUGUCCAUUGUAUUAACUGUUAUGUAUAGACCUACUUGCUUUUGAUUGAAACUCACCAUAGGAGUAAACGUAAAAUGGAAUUGUUUUGAAAAACCCUGUCCAACAAGUGUUAUUCCAUUAUGCUAUCCUUAAUCCUAUAAGGCAUACUCUUGCUACAUUUUGCCAGUGGCAUGACAUAAAGCUAUUUGCUUCCAUAGAGGGGGUGUCAGACAAGGUUAUUCAUUCUUUAUUAACUGAAGUGGUCGAUGAAUCAUGAGAGUUUUUGGUUUUGGGUCAUCUAUUAAAAUGCCUGAAAAGGUUUCAACCAUCUUGAAUGAUAAGAUGUGUCUGCCAAUGGUGUGUGAGUGACAUGCACAUUCAACUUUUCCACUCAGAUGCUGGGCCAAUGAUAAAAACACUAUGAAUAAACAAAGUUCCCACAUUACACCACAAUACACAGACCGAGUUUCUAUAGCUGAAUUGUGGUGCAGGUUAAUAACAGCAUGUGGGAGCACUAUAGAAUAUGCAGACUCAGUUGGUUAACAUCUCAGUUGGUUAACAUCCUAGUUGCUUAACUGGCUGUAGUUGGGUCAGUUGGACCAUGAACCUCUCCUGCUACACCCAGGCUAACAACAGUUACUGCCUGUGAAUUAAACAACCUGGUCCUUAGCUUCCUGCCAAGAGUGUUAGGGGAGCAUUGUGUUUAAGUUUGUAAUCCCAGUAUCAUUGAUCAGGGGAUUCUCAUAGUGAGGGAGAACAGUAUUAGGGAGUUGAGACAGGAAUGCAUGUCAGAGCAUUCACACCUCUUAGUUUCCAAUGCGAUGUGUAAGGGCUAGCCGUCAAGGAAACUCACAUCCAAGGGAACAUAUUACAACUAGAAGUGUUUUGCCACUCUGCAAAAGUGAGAAGCUGUUUGCUGAUGUGUAAAUGGACAAGUUAUUAAGUCAUUUAUUUGUCUCCACAGAUAAAAAGGAGGAGAAAAACAAGAAAGGUAGGUUUGUUAUUGUGUGUUAUAUCUAUAUUGAACCAUAUAGUUUUUAUUUGUGUGCACUUCACGACCAUGGUGUGUUUAUACUGAGUACUGUCUAGUUUGGUUUGUGUGUUUAUAUAGAAUCUGUAUGGUCUGGUCUGCGUGAGGUGUGUAAAGUCUGAGUUAGGCCUCGCUACCAAUCGCUCCAGCCGCCGGUGCGGCCCUGUGUGUCCCUGAGGGCAUAUGGUAAUGUGUAUGUCCCUGGGGUUCGAGCAGCAGGUGCUCUUGACUCCGCUCAUGGUGAUUAGGACCAAGGAGAUUACAGCUCUUAAUCUCAGCAGCUGCUUUCCCCCUCUGCUUUUCUUCCUUUAGCUAACAACCUGUACUUUUUUCGGAUCAGCACACCUAAACACUCACACACACGCGCGCUCACUCACACAUUUGCCUGGAUGAACAAUGUCCCUUUACUUCACUUACUAACGUGUUGAGUAUUUAAGGUUCUAGUGCGUGUGUGUUUGUACAAUUACAGAACGUGGGCAUGUUUUGGGAUGAUGGUAGUUGGAUUGGCUUGUAGAGAAUCUCAGCCAAGAAAGAGCAAUAAUCCCCAGACUAGGAUUAAAGACUGUGAGCCAAACACCAUAGUGUCACUGUGGUGUAUUACAUAGAAUAGCACCCCCUAUCCAUUUCCAUGCAGUAUCAACAACCCCUGCCAUCCAACUAUGAAUCCUUACACAUCAAUGUACUAUUUUGUUUCCCCCGUUUUAAUUAUUUGUUAAUUGGAUGCAUCAGCAAUUCUUAUUACAAUUAUUGUAUUAUGAGGUGCUCAUGUUUGCUAAUGUUUGCCUUUUUUAUCUAAUAUAUCUGGUAAAAAUAAAGAGAGAACUGAAGGGAAUGUUACAUUGUAUGUUAUAUUAUUAUUAUUAUUAUUAUUAUUACAGUAUUGAUAGUGUAGAAAUAGUUUUAUCCUGGUUUUUAGUGCCUUAUGCCUUACCUUAUGCCUUACACUCAGGGAGUAUAAUUACUCAGGCAGAUAGUUACUCAAGGAGUAUUGUUAGUUACUAAGGGAGUCUAGUUACUCAGGGCGUAUAGUUAGUUACUCAGGGACUAUAGUUAGUUACUCAGGGAGUCUAGUUAUUCAGGGAGUAUAGUUAGUUACUCAGGGACUAUAGUUAGUUACUAAGGGAGUCUAGUUAUUCAGGGAGUAUAGUUAGUUACUCAGGGACUAUAGUUAGUUACUAAGGGAGUCUAGUUAUUCAGGGAGUAUUGUUAGUUACUCAGGGAGAAUAGUUAGUUACUCAGGGAGAAUAGUUAGAUAAUUGGGGCAUAUAGUUAGUUACUCAUGGAGUAUAGUUAGUUACUCAGAGAGCAUAGUUACUCAGUGAGUAUAGUUUCUCACAGAGUAUAGUUAUUCAGGGAGUAUAGUUAUACAUUUGUCAUCUCUGUUGUGAAUUAGAUGUGAACCCGAUGUUUCCCAAAAUGUCUCUAUUUCAACUUAAUGUCAUUUGAACCCAUCCUCUCAACUCCCUCAGGUAAGUCCAAGGGUGGUGCAGGCGUGGAGAUGCAGCCCCUAAACAGUGACGAUGGAGGAGAGGAGAAGAAGAAAGCCAACCUACCAAAGAAGGAGAAGUCUGUGCUCCAGGGGAAGUUGACCAAAUUAGCGGUACAGAUCGGCAAAGCAGGUAAGACCAUCACAAGGGAAGCCCUCUAUUUCAGCCAAGCAAAAUUUGGAAUUGUGAAAGUGUGUUUGAUUUCCACAGCAGAUUUUCCUCUUUCAUUGUGUUCACUUCUAUCCUUUCCCCUGUCCAGGCCUGUUCAUGUCGGGAUUGACAGUAAUCAUCCUGAUAACUCUGUUUAUGGUGGACACUUUCUGGAUCCAGGGCCUACCAUGGGUCGCAGACUGCACACCCAUCUACAUUCAGUUCUGCGUCAAGUUCUUCAUAAUUGGCGUAACUGUGCUAGUGGUGGCCGUGCCCGAAGGUCUCCCCCUGGCCGUCACCAUCUCAUUGGCCUACUCUGUCAAAGUAGGUAUCACUACUAUGUUACUACAGUAUGUAUAAUUCAGACAGUAGUAAUUAAGAAACACAUAGCCAGAUCACAAAUAAUAACCUCCUCUCUUCCUUAGAAAAUGAUGAAAGACAACAACCUGGUGAGGCACCUGGAUGCCUGUGAAACCAUGGGCAAUGCCACAGCCAUCUGCUCUGACAAAACGGGGACAUUAACCAUGAACAGGAUGACCGUGGUCCAGGCUUAUCUGGGAGACAGGCACUACAGGGUGGUUCCUGAGCCUGACCUCAUCCCAGGCAAAGUCUUGGACCUGCUCAUUAUGGGCAUCGGAGUCAACUGUGCUUACACUUCCAAGAUCAUGGUAAGUGAAAAUAUUUCACUCUGAGUUUAGGUUUUCAACUCUGGCAAACAGAACACAAAUAGAUUUGCAAUAAAGCUCUUUUCAUGGCAAUCUUUUAUUGACAUCUGAGCAAAUACAUUGAGUGCCAGAGCCAAAUCCUCUUGAGAUCUGGGUACUCAGACUUUCAUUUCGAUCACGCAUUGAUAUCAAUGUGAAAUAUUUGUAAAGCAUUUCAUUUAUGUUAGCUGAUUUGAAGUUUGGAACUGACCUUAACGUGUAAAUGGUUUGUCUCAGUCUCCUGAGAAGGAGGGUGGGCUGCCCCGCCAAGUGGGCAACAAGACCGAAUGUGCCUUGCUGGGCUUUGUCUUGGAUCUGAGACGGGACUAUAUGACCAUCCGCAAUGAGAUCCCAGAGGAGAAGCUCUUCAAGGUCUACACCUUCAACUCAGUCAGGAAGUCCAUGAGCACUGUGCUGAAGAACGCAGAUGGGAGCUACCGCAUGUUCAGCAAAGGAGCAUCAGAGAUCCUCCUGAAGAAGUAGGCCGGCACUUUCAGUUUUUCCCUUUCGUGCAAAUUAACUCAACAUAUUAACUUGCCCAGUAUUAUUUGUCAGAAACCUAAUAUAAAUAUAAACUUAAUAUAAAUCCCCUCUUUAUCUCAACGCAGGUGUUGUAAGAUCAUGACAGCGAACGGGGAGGCUAAGGUCUUCAAGCCCAGGGACAGAGACGACGUGGUGAAGAAGGUGAUCGAGCCCAUGGCCUCCGAGGGCCUCAGGACCAUCUGCCUGGCCUACAGGGACUUCCCCCUGGCCGACGGCGAGCCUGACUGGGACAACGAAACUGACAUCCUCACCGGCCUCACCUGUUUGUGUGUGGUGGGCAUCGAGGACCCCGUACGGCCAGAGGUAAAAGGGCCAGUGGAGCCCAAACAAGGUCCUUGUUGCAAAGGUCCAAUUAAUUCAAGGAGAUAGAUGUUUGUGGUGCCAUAACCCUCAACAAUGUACAUGUAUAAUCACCCUGAAGAGGAAAGCAGGUGUUUGUGAGUGUGUCUCUGGGGCGUUGGAUUAUAAGCAAAACACACAUUUCCAUACUCGGAAGACAAAAAAUUGACAAUAAGGUAUUCUUCUUCCACCCUAGGUCCCUGACGCCAUUAAGAGGUGUCAGCGCGCUGGCAUCACGGUGCGCAUGGUCACAGGGGACAACAUCAACACGGCUCGGGCCAUCGCUAGCAAGUGUGGCAUACUGCAGCCCGGAGAGGACUUCCUCUGUAUAGACGGCAAAGAGUUCAACCGACGAAUAAGAAACGAACUGGGAGAGGUAAUAUUCCUCUCGUCCUCUCACAAAAUGGAACUGUUUCUGUUAAAAAUAAUUGGGAUGAUAGAGUAACCCAAGGAACUGUCUACUUCCAGAUUGAGCAGGAGCGCAUUGAUAAGAUUUGGCCCAAACUCCGUGUGCUUGCAAGAUCCUCACCCACUGACAAACAUACCUUAGUGAAAGGUAUGUUUGGGGGUUAUUUUUUCCAUUUAUCCCUAUCUUUGGAAAGUUACAGAUAAAUGUUUAGGUCUCACAUUAUUAUCUAAAGAGAUGAUGCUUGCCUCUGUUCACAGGUAUAAUGGAUAGCACUGUACUAGAACCAAGGCAAGUUGUUGCUGUAACAGGAGAUGGUACUAAUGACGGCCCUGCCUUGAAGAAAGCUGAUGUUGGAUUUGCCAUGGUAUAGUAUUAUUAUACUCCAAGAUCUGGCACAUGUUAUAUCCCAUCAAUAUUCCAUGAAUAGUUCUCUCUCUGAUUCAAUCAGACGGGUACUUUUGGUGCUGUGACUAAUACGCUGUGACAUGAUGUGCCCACAGGGCAUUGCAGGCACGGACGUGGCCAAAGAGGCCUCAGACAUCAUCCUGACAGACGACAACUUCAGCAGCAUCGUGAAGGCGGUGAUGUGGGGGCGGAACGUCUACGAUAGCAUCUCCAAGUUCCUCCAGUUCCAGCUGACGGUUAAUGUGGUGGCUGUCAUCGUGGCCUUUACCGGAGCCUGCAUCACACAGGUGAGACACUCUCUAUUUCUGUCAUGUCCAUCCUUCCCAUCUUGCCUUUCUGCUUGUAAAGGUGAGGCAUAGAGAGAGUCUAACUGCCUAUAGGGAGUUUUUAUUACCUACUCCACAAGUUACAACUGUCUUUGAAAAGUGGAGAGCUAUACAUAACUCAAACUACAUCUCCCCAGGACUCUCCUCUCAAAGCUGUCCAGAUGCUGUGGGUGAACCUGAUCAUGGACACCUUUGCCUCGCUGGCCCUGGCCACUGAACCCCCAACCGAGUCUCUCCUGCUGAGGAAGCCGUACGGCCGCAACAAGCCCCUCAUCUCUCGAACCAUGAUGAAGAACAUCCUGGGCCACGCCGUCUACCAGCUCACCAUCAUCUUCACUCUGCUGUUCGCCGGUGAGUACCACCUGGGGGUCAAUUCAGUUAGUCGUGCCAAUUGGACAUUGACAUAAAAAUUUAUGUAUUUUUCUUCUCUCUAUGGAAUCCAACUCUGUUCUUGAUAAAAUUAUGAAAGCAAAUGUAUUGGAUUACGUGAUCCGUACUGCUGGUCUCCAGUGGGCCUUGUCAGUAUGCACUGCAUCUGUAUGUUGCCACCACAGGGGAGCAGAUGUUCGACAUUGACAGUGGGAGGUACGCGCCACUCCACGCCCCUCCCUCAGAACAUUACACAAUUGUCUUCAACACCUUCGUCAUGAUGCAACUCUUCAACGAGAUCAACGCCCGCAAGAUCCACGGCGAGCGCAACGUCUUUGACGGCAUCUUCAAAAACAUGAUCUUCUGCUCCAUUGUGUUCGGAACGUUCAUCAUCCAGGUGAGCAGCAUUCAGAUCCAUAUAGGAUAUUCACACAGGGGAUUUCAUAUUGGACAGAAAGUAACAUUGCUCUCCAAUCACCCUGUGUUUUGUCAUCCAGAUUGUGAUUGUGCAGUUUGGAGGGAAACCUUUCAGCUGUGUGGGCCUCACCAUAGACCAGUGGCUCUGGUGUGUCUUCUUGGGCUUUGGAUGUCUUCUGUGGGGCCAGGUGAGCUUCUUGCAGGUUUCUAAUGUCCUUCAAAGUCCCUGUGAUCUACUUGCCUGUUAUGAAGUGACCAAAAAAGUUUUGUCACAAAUGAGUUCAACAUUUGAGUUUGUGUCUCAUUUAUAGGUGGUCACCACUGUCCCCACCAGCCGUCUGAAGUUCCUGAAGUCUGCAGGCCAUGGCACGCAGCAGGAGGAGAUCCCUGAGGAGGAGCUGGAGGAGAUGGAGGACCUGGACGAGAUCGACCACGCUGAGAUGGAGAUGAGGAGGGGACAGGUGCUCUGGUGCAGAGGUCUAGGCAGGAUCCAGACUCAGGUAUGUAUGGUCAACUCACUAUUUAAAUCUCAGCUCACAAUCAUCCGUCAGCUUUACACCAAACCAUAGCUACCAUUGGCCUGGACACAAACUCAGGAUUGUGCUUUAUUAACUUUCGUUGGGGUCUCAAUACUCAUAUUUUGACUGUCUUUGUCCCCAAACUGUCCAGAUCCGCGUAGUGAAUGCCUUCCGAGACACUAUGUCCCCUUACGAGGGCCUGGAGACCCCGGAGUCCCGCAACUCCAUCCACAACUUCAUGAACACCCCGGAGUUCCGGAUAGAAGACUCACAGCCGCAGAUCCCGCUCAUCGACGACACAGAGGGGGAGGAUGAUGCUCCCACCAAGCGCAACGCUGCACAGACUCUGCCCCCACACUCCACGCUGGCCACCCUCCCGUCCUCGCCCAACCAGAACAAUAACGCUGUGGACAGGGUCAUCCCCCUCCACAAGGACAGCCCAAAGAUUAGCGGGUAUCCUGAGAGUGCCGUGCUUCCGGCGUGCCCUGGGAGCCCGCUGAACAGCCUGGAGACCUCCCUCUGA